AUGUUACUACAGUCAUUAGUAGCAUCACUGCAACGAUUUUGUAAUGAUUUUUCCACAUUAUUUCAUCGUACUUAUUUAUUAACUAUUCGUAAAUGGAGUCAAUUAAUUAUAGAAUUAUUAUUUCCAUUUAUAUUUCUUUGUUUUUUAUUUCUUAUAACUUAUAUAAUCGGUCGUACUUCAUUAAACAGUUAUCGAUUAGAACGAUUUCGUCCACAAGAUUUAAUGUAUACAUCAUUGAAUCAAACAACGUUCACGAACAUCACAAAUGGCAUACCAGCUAAUUUAAUUUAUUAUUAUCCACAGAGUACAUGUACAGAAGCAAUUGUGAAUUCAACCAUUACAAAAUUACAAAUAAGUUGGCCAUUAUUUAGUCCCACUGGUAAGAAGUGUGUGUAUUUGCAAAUAUAGAAAAAAAGAUAGACAAUCGCAGAUAGACGAUCAGUCCACGUAAAAGCAGUUUUGCUGGCAAGUUUUUAAGCAUCAAAUUAAGCAAAAAUAAGAAGAGUUAUAUCUUCAUAAAUCGCAGUUUUUGCACACUUGUACACUAAUUGUAGGAUAUGAAGCAAUAUCAGCCACGUUGAAAGAAAACAGAUAUACGGGACAUAGAGAUACAAAGUGCCAAAAAUACCCUGAAAUGUGUUUUUUCACUAUAAAAACUCAAUAUUUUUUUUCCACGGAUAGAUAGUUCUUGACCUAAGCUAUAAUGUCUCGACGAAAGUUGCCCAUAAUUCGUUCGUAAAACUAUGAAGAAAUCGAUAAUUGAGCUGAAAUUUUCAUCAUGUAUUCAGCAACUCGACUUAUAGGUUUUCACAUAAUUUCAAGCUUAUCCGGUGCAUACACUUUAAAAUAAAAAAAAGAGGAUACUUUUCUUGAAAACGUUCCACAGUGGGCAUUUCCUCAUAGAGCAGGCGGCAUUUUUUGCCGACAUAGUUUUUUUGAAUCCAAAAGCACUUUUUUAUAGGUUUUCGCAUACGGUAUUUCCAGCAGUGUGGCAAAGGUGAGUCGUG